ACAAGCUGGAGGACCAUCAUGGGGACAAGCAGCCCAAGCACAUUUCACCCAGGAGGGAUGUGAUGGGCCUGUUCUUUGCCUCUGCUCACUGAGGGGUCCAAAAUGGACAAGACUAGCAUACAGCUGGACUGCACCCAGCCAGCCCCCCAGUCUGGCCCUAUCUCUCUUGGACUAUGGUCAGGCUGGAGCCAACACCCCUCUAAGCCAGCAGAGAUGACAGCGUGAUAGCCCCUCAGCCCAGCAUUCUCUCAAGCCCUGACUGCCCUGUCCACUGGGGCUGAUAAGAGACCCCACCCUCUACUGACCAGAAGCUCAACCCCAAGUCCUGUAUAUAAGGAGGACCCUGGGGACUGAGCUCCACCAAAGCCAUCCUGCACACUCCCCUUUCUGCUCAGCUCAGCUCAGCUGCCACCAUGUCUCUGACCAAGGCCGAGAGGACCCUCGUCCUGUCCUUGUGGAGCAAGGUUGCCACACAGGCAGAUGUCCUUGGCACUGAGACCCUGGAGAGGCUCUUCGCCAGCUACCCGCAGACCAAGACCUACUUCCCGCACUUCGACCUGAGCGCCGGCUCGGCCCAGCUGCGCGCACACGGCUCCAAGGUGGUGGCCGCCUUGGGCGAAGCGGUCAAGAGCCUGGACAACGUCUCCGGCGCCCUGGCCAAGCUGAGCGAGCUGCACGCCUACGUGCUGCGCGUGGACCCCGUCAACUUCAAGCUCCUGUCUCACUGUCUGCUGGUCACUCUGGCCGCGCACUUCCCCGCCGACUUCUCGGCCGAAACCCACGCCGCCUUGGACAAGUUCCUGACCCUCGUGUCCAACGUGCUGACCGAGAAGUACCGCUAAA